AUGGUGAAUUUUUACAGCAUCUAUCUCGAGAAGGGUGCCGAUAUCGAGCAGAAACAAUACGAGGACGAGGACACCCCACUUAACUAUACAGCGUAUCGCAGAAGAGAUAAAAUAGUCACAAUGCUUCUCGAUCAUGGCGCCGAUGUUAACACUGUAGAUUUUUUGGGGCACACACCACUUCAUUCAGCUGUGAUGCAUUAUUAUGAUGGGCGCCGAAGUUAUUUAUACGACCGAUUCGAGCGUCGGUAUUUAGAUCGUUUUGAUCAGAGAGCAUGGUUUCAUGUGGAGCCUGCUAAGUGGGGGGAAUUGGAGGCGGUAUAUCCAGAACGAGGCGAGUCAAUAGUGCGGCAAUUCUUGGACCAUGGUGCCAAUAUAAAUGCUCGCGCUCGUGAUGAUAAAACUGCAUUACACAUCGCUGCUAUCUCAUCAGGCAUGGAUGGAAGCACUAGCCUUUUGGAAAUUCUUCUGCAGAACGGUGCCGAUGUCGCAGCAGUUGAUAGUGAAGGGGCGACAGCCCUCCAUUAUGCAGCGGCAACCGCUUGCACAGAGGCUGUCAGUAUUCUGUUAGCAAAUGGAGCAGACGUCGACGUCAAUAGUCAGACAGAUACUGGCGAUACACCGCUCAUCCGUGCUGUGAGAUCUAGAGUGAAGAAUCUAUCAACAAUUACGCUUCUUCUGGAUCAUGGCGCCAACAUCUUGACUUGUAAUUACAAUGGCCUAACACCUCUUCACUACGGCGUAGAGCGUUAUGGCUCAGAAACAAUGGAAGGAUGCAACAUCUUGUAUGACGAAUCUAUUGUUACCUAUCUCCUUGAACACGGAGCCGACCCUGAUUCUAAGGAUUCGAGAGGUAGAACACCACUCGAUCAGGCCAGAACAAAUGAAUCAUAUUCAUUAACAAUUGCAACCAAUAUGACGAUUAACCGAAAUGGAAUUGUUAAAUUGCUGUUAGAGUGGGAGAAACGUAUGGAGGGUUUAUUUUGA